ACAACGCACCGUCUGCGCGCCACAGCACAGAGCAACUCCCGUGAGGAGAUGGGUUCCCUGGACAGUCGCACUGAUUGAAAUGUAUUAUUUAACAGAAGACAUAGGCCUAAUUUUUUUGAGGAUUCUUCUGGAAAAACACAGUCAAAAUGCUCCCCAACAGCUCUUUCAGGAAUCUAACCCCGGAGGACGGUUUUUUCCUAAUGAACAACUCGUCUGGGAACGAAACGUACAGCGAGUCUCAAGGCAGCGCAAUCCUCAUCUCCUUCAUUUACUCGGUUGUCUGUUUGGUCGGACUGUGCGGGAACUCUAUGGUUAUCUAUGUCAUUUUCAGAUAUGCCAAAAUGAAAACUGCAACAAAUAUCUACAUUCUGAAUCUGGCCAUAGCGGACGAGUUACUUAUGCUGAGUGUCCCCUUCCUGGUGACAUCUUCACUCCUUCACCACUGGCCAUUCGGCUCCCUUCUCUGCCGCCUUGUUCUAAGUGUUGAUGCUAUUAAUAUGUUUACCAGUAUUUACUGCUUAACUGUACUUAGCAUAGACCGAUAUAUCGCGGUUGUGCACCCCAUCAAAGCCUCCCGGUACAGGAGACCCACAAUAGCUAAAAUAGUCAACUUUGGGGUUUGGAUGUUUUCUAUCCUGGUCAUUUUGCCCAUUAUUAUAUUUUCCACGACCGUUCCAAACUUGGACGGUUCGGUCGCUUGCAACAUUCAGAUGCCAAAGCCAGUGAACCAGUGGAUGGCUGUGUUUGUGAUCUAUGCCUUUCUCAUGGGCUUUCUGUUCCCAGUCAUUGCUAUCUGUAUGUGUUACAUCCUCAUCAUCGCCAAGAUGAGAGUGGUGGCACUGAAGGCAGGUUGGCAGCAGCGUAAGAAGUCGGAGAGAAAGAUCACUCUGAUGGUGAUGAUGGUGGUGACCGUGUUUGUCGUCUGUUGGAUGCCCUUUCACAUUGUACAGCUCGUCAAUGUUUUUGUGGAGCACCAUAACGCAACACUCAUGCAACUCGCAGUGAUUCUGGGAUACGCAAAUAGCUGCGCCAACCCUAUACUGUACGGAUUUUUAUCAGACAAUUUCAAACGUUCGUUCCAAAGAAUUUUGUGCCUGCGCUGGAUGGACAAUGCAACGGAAGAACCAAUAGAUUACUAUGCCACGGCUCUGAAAAGUCGUGGUUACAGUGUGGAUGAAUUUCAACCGGACAAUAUGGAAUGUGAUAGCACGUAUAGAAAUGGAACCUGUACUUCUAGGACAACGACACUGUAGCAGCAUAUGGACAUGAUGAAAUUAACAAAAAUCAUAAACGUGACCACUGAGUGUUUCGCUCAUUACUAGGCGGUUACUUCGAUAUGUAUUAAUGUUGUUUACUUGCAACUAUUUGAACGCAAUUAAAAUGUUAAAUAAUCCAAAUGUCUUAUUAUUGUUCGUAUUAUUACAAGGUGGCAC